AUGGGUGACUAUUCGAAGGCGCUUGAAUUUUAUGAGAAAGCUCUGGAAGUUACUAGAAAAGGUGUGCCUCCUAAUCAUCCCGAUUUUGCUACUUCUUACAACAAUAUUGGCGCGGUGUAUAAUGAAACGGGUGACUAUUCCAAGGCACUUGAGUUCUACGAAAAAGCACUUGAAAUAAGAGUAAAAGCUCUGCCUCCCACCCAUCCCAAUUUGGCUAGUACUUACAAUAACAUUGGCGCAGUGUAUCACAACAUUGAUGACUAUUCCAAGGCACUUGAAUUUUACCAGACAGCCCUGGAAAUUACGAAAAAAGCUCUGCCUCCAGCUCAUCCCAAUUUGGCUGCUUCCUACAACAAUAUUGGUCUAGUGUAUAAGUACAUGGGUGACUACUCCAAAGCACUUGAACAUUAUGAAAAAGCACAUCAAAUAUGUGAAAAAGCUCUGCCUUCUACUCAUCCCAAUUUAGCUAGUUCCUACAACAACAUCGGUUUAGUGUAUGACAGGAUGGGUGACUUUUCGAAAGCAGUUGAAUUUUACGAAAAAGCACUUCAAAUUGACGAAAAAACUGUGCCCCCAAAUUAUCCCAGGUUAGCUGCUUCCUACAACAAUAUUGGUGGAGUGUAUAGCGAUAUGGGUGAAUAUGCGAAAGCACUUGAAUUUUUUGAAAACGCGCAUCAAAUUUUCGAAAAAGCGCUGCCUCUCACUCAUCCGACUUUGGCACUAUCCCUCGACAACAUUGGUUUGGUGUAUAACGAAAUGGGUGACUACGCCAAGGCACUUGAGUUUCAGCAAAAAGCACUUGAAAUAAGAAAAAAAACUCUGGCUCCGAAUCAUCCCGAUCUGGCACGUUCCUAUAACAAUAUCGGUUCUACGUAUCAUGACAUGGGUGACUAUGCUGUAGCUCUCAAGUCUCUUCAAAAUGCUUUUGAAAUUCUGGAAAAAGCAUUAGAAGAGGAUAAUGCUGCGUUAUCUUUUGCAUAUAGUAACUUAGGAAAAGUUUAUCGCGGUAUGAAAGAUUACUCAAGUUCACUCGAAUGCUUUGAAGAAAGUCUCUCAAUACGUCAGAAAACGUUAACUGAUCGACAUCCUCAUCUUGCUAUUACAUUCAGCAAUAUCGGUGAUGUUAAUGGAUUAAUGGGAUAUUAUGAGAAGGCACUGUUAUUUCAUCAAAAAGCAUUAAAUAUUCAAGAAAAUGUUCGAUGUAAUCCUCUGGAAUGUGCAACAACAUAUACAAAUUUGGGUGAAACUUAUCGAAGAAUGAAAGAAUAUCCAACAGCAUUGGUGUAUUUUCAAAAAGGAAUAGAAAUACGUGAAAAUAAACUGCCAAAAAAUCAUCCUGAUUUAGCUGUAAUUUAUUAUUAUUUGGCAAAAUUAUAUUUGGCUAUGCGACAAUAUAAUAUGGCAAUGAAAAAUAUUCAGCAAGCGGUAGAAAUUGCUGAAGAAAAAUUGCCUUCAAAUCAUCCUCAUCUGUUGGACUAUAGAAAAAUAUUUGAGAAAAUUCGAAAGAAAUUAUAG